GUGUGUGUGCGCGCGCGCGCGCGCGCGCGCGCAGCAGAGAGGGCUGGCCCUGCGCUCCGGCCCCUUCCCCAGAUCUGCGCGAUCGUCGCCUCUCGCCUCACACUGACGGACCUGAGAUUUGCCCGUGAAGCGGUGCUAAUCCUACACAACAAAGUAUGUAUCCAGCUGGAGGGAUUUCUGCAACCAUACACGCCAACAGGCUCCGGGCAGAAGGUAUGGGCUCCAAGGAGCAGGCUGUGCACUUUGCCAACCAGGACUACGAGGCACUGAAACAAGAAUGUGUGGAGUCCGGCUGCCUGUUUGAAGACCCCUGUUUCCCAGCUGAGCCUCCAUCCCUGGGCUUCAAGGAGCUCGCCCCCUAUUCCUCCAAAACUAGAGGUGUGGAGUGGAUGAGACCCACGGAACUGACAGGGGACCCUCAGUUCAUAGUGGGUGGUGCCACCAGAACAGACAUCUGUCAGGGAGCACUCGGUGACUGCUGGCUCUUGGCAGCCAUCGGCUCUCUCACCCUGAAUGAGAGGCUUCUUCAUCGGGUUGUCCCACAUGGGCAGUCCUUCCAAGAUGACUAUGCUGGAAUCUUCCACUUUCAGUUCUGGCAAUUUGGCGAAUGGACGGAUGUUGUGAUUGAUGACAGACUGCCGGUCAAAGACGGGGAGCUCAUGUUUGUCCACUCGGCGGAGGGCAAUGAAUUCUGGAGUGCGCUCCUGGAGAAGGCUUAUGCUAAGCUGAAUGGCUCCUAUGAGGCUCUGUCGGGGGGAAGCACCACUGAAGGGUUUGAGGACUUCACAGGUGGUGUGUCUGAGAUGUACGAGCUCAGCAAGGCACCCAGAGAUCUGUACAGGAUCAUCGCCAAAGCUCUGGAGAGAGGCUCCCUGCUGGGCUGCUCUAUCGAUAUCACCAGUGCAUUCGACAUGGAGGCUGUUACAUUCAAGAAGCUUGUGAAGGGCCACGCCUACUCCGUCACUGGCCUGAAGGAGGUCGAUUUCCGUGGCAAUAUGACACGCCUAAUCCGAGUACGUAACCCAUGGGGCCAGGUGGAGUGGACUGGUGCCUGGAGUGACAAUUCGCCUGAAUGGGAAGAGAUCGACUCUUCUGAACGAGAGGAUUUGCAUCUGAAGAUGGAAGAUGGGGAGUUUUGGAUGUCCUUCAGUGAAUUCACGAGGCAGUUUAACCGGCUAGAGAUCUGUAACUUGACUCCAGAUGCUCUCAGCGAGGACAGUGUCAACCACUGGAACACCAUUAAGUUCCACGGCACUUGGAGAAGAGGCAGCACCGCUGGAGGCUGCAGGAACCAUCCCAACACGUAUUGGAUCAAUCCUCAGUAUAAGAUCACGUUGCUGGAGGAAGAUGAUGAUCCCGAGGAUGAUGAGGUGGCGUGCAGUUUUUUAGUAGCGCUCAUGCAGAAGGACCGCCGCAGAUAUCGACGCCAAGGUCAGGACAUGCACACCAUUGGCUUUGCUCUCUAUGAGAUCCCAGAAGAGUACAGAGGCUGCCAGAAUGUCCACUUGAAGAAAAAUUUCUUUUUGAGCCAAUCAUCGUGUGCACGCUCAGAGACCUUCAUUAACCUGAGAGAGGUGAGCACACGACUGCGCCUGCCCCCAGGAGAGUACCUCAUCGUCCCCUCCACGUUUGAGCCCGGUAAAGAGGCCGACUUUGUCCUCAGAGUCUUCACUGAGAAGCAGUCAGAAACAGAAGAACUGGAUGAUCAAGUCUCUGCCGAUCUAGAAGACGAUGAGGAUAUAACUGAAGACAAUAUUGAUGACUCCUUUAAGUCCAUGUUUGCUCAGCUAGCAGGAGAGGAUAUGGAGAUUUCUAUUCGAGAACUUAGGACCAUUCUAAACAGAGUUGUCACCAGACACAAAGACCUGAAGACCGAUGGCUUCAGUAUGGAAUCAUGUAGGACCAUGAUCAAUCUGAUGGAUAAAGAUGGUAGUGCCCGUUUGGGACUUGUGGAGUUUCAGAUCCUCUGGAACAAGAUCCGGAAGUGGCUGGUCAUUUUCAGGCAGUUUGACCUUGACAAAUCAGGAGCCAUGAGCUCAUAUGAGAUGCGUCUUGCUGUGGAGGCAGCAGGUUUUAAACUAAAUAACCGACUGAACCAGAUUCUGGUAGCACGAUACGCAGAGAAUGAGAUGAUUGACUUUGACAACUUCAUCUGCUGCUUGGUCAAGCUUGAAGCCAUGUUUAGGUCUUACCAGCAGUUCGACAAGGAGGGAUCAGGAGUGGUUGAGAUUAAUCUCACAGAGUGGCUUUACCUGACAAUGUGUGGAUGAAGAAAAGUCAUUACUAGAGGAGAGUAAAGGUACAGACCGCCAUGAACCGGGACCCUGAAGACCCCGCAGCCUUAGUGACAUGCUUCUCCUUUAACACAUCCCAACUCAGCGACUAAAGCAGCAAAAAAAAAAAGCUAAAGUCAAACCAUGACGUGUCUCCCGGCUGAAACUAUGCAAACCUACAGUAUGAAGCAGAAAAUGUGCCACAUUUACCUGUCAACUCUUAAAAACAGCACGAGUCUGUGCAUGACAAAAAUUGCUAGCUGUAAUGUGCAUUGUGACAGUCGAUUUUACACUUCCACAUUUUAGUUUUGCUGUAUGAAUAUCAAAUGAUUUACUCAUGUUUUAUCUUGUAUUGACAUCUCACUAAAGCAGGUUAAAAAAAAUAGAUGAAUUGAUUUUGAUAUGUCUGUAACUGUAGUACUUCAAAAGUGAAGUCUUAGUCUCUGAAUUAUUCAGCCCUCAUUUCCACUUUUACCAGAUUUUAUCAAUGAAAUAUUUAGAACAGGAAUCAUCACCUCACUGUCAAGUUGGUUGUUUCAGUCUUGCAUCUGUGGGUGGCAGUACAGACCUGAUCUGAUGUCAGAGGAUUUUUUUCAAAUUAUUUCUUGGCAUUUUAAAUGAAGUUUAGACUAUUUCAAUAUUACACAAGUAAUUUUCUGCAGUUUCAAGUCAAGCACCUUGUCUUGUGACUGUUUUCAUUUUGCACUAGAUUUUAGUUUGAAGAAGUGGUUAGUGAAGUUGCCUCACAUUAAUGAGAAAUACUGUAUUAGUUCACUCAAGUGACAUUUACAUUAUACUGAAUGCCUUAUACAUGACACCAUGUUAUAAACAGCUAUUAAAAAUGUGCCAGUCGUGUUUUGUGUUGUAAAUGUAUGAUGUGCCUUAAAUAUAUAUUCCCUAGUGGUU